AACGGUCACAGUCAUAGGGGUCGAGUCAGUUCCUCUCACAAGAUUCCCAGCUCUGCACAGGACGUCUUUGUUAAAACCCCAGGCUUGGGCUUCACGCAUCUGCAAGUGCCCAAGUUGUGGAACACUUGGCACGCUGAAAAACUCACGGGCGCAGCCAUCAAGCUUAGAGAAGACGCGCGGUUUGCCAAAUCCCCAAAAUGCCAUGAAGUGCGCCUUCCUCAUUGCCACGAUCUCUGGGGCUGUGCGCCUACAGCUGAGCUCAGAGGAUGCCAUCAGUUGGUCCGCUUUGGACGACGCAGUCCCGUCGACUCCGUCCUUCAUGGAGGACUGGCAAAUUGAGGCCAACGCCUGCAAGAAGACGGAGAAGAGAUCCAAGAACGACCAGAAAGAGCGGAUGUUUUCAAAGAUGCGCAGAUGGCUCAGAUCUAAGAAGGACCAGGUGAAGGAGGCAGAAAGCGAGGUGCCUUGGUCGGUGGGCGACGAUGUGAAUGGCGAGUCCAUCCAAGAAGAGUUGGUGAAGUUUCUGGACAAGGAGGGGCAAGAAGCAAGCCACGGGAACGAGGGCCAGAAGUUCCCAAUGUUCAAAAAGCCCGACGUGAACACCGUGACCUUCUUGGAGGAAGCCUUGGAGACCGACACAGAGGAUCCUUGUCAGCAGCAACUAGGAGGUCUGAUGAGAGAUUUGCAGAAGGUUUGCGAAGAGGCCAAACCCGAAGAAGACCGCUGGGGCUGGUUCCAGUCGCUUCCAGCUAAGACGUGUGUCGAGUCCGUGAAGGAGCUCUUUCUGCACGGCUUGGAGUUGGUCGCAGCGAGCCAAGUGCCGGUGAACCUGGUUUAUCAAAAGAGACUGCCACGGAGCACUCUGCCCUUGCUGCAAAGUCUCAACUUCUUGGAAAAGUGGCUGGUGAAGCUGGCCACGGCCGAGAAGGAAGCCAUUCUGUGGGCCGGAUUCUGGACGGACCCCAAUUCCCAAGAUGGCCAUUUGCACCGUGCAUCGAAGGAAACGUUGUUUCGCUUUGCCCAUCUCACUGAGACGGAGACUGUACAUCCCAGCACGAAACUGGGCCGGAUGAUUGAACAGUUCAAUGAGCUCGACCAGUGCAAGGGCGAGCUGGCUUGGAAGCUCACAGGGAACUUUUGGUCGUUUGCCAGCUAUUCCUUCGUGCUUGGAAUGAAGAGAAAGGAACAAGGAACUGUCAUUGCCCUCGCCAACAAAGACUUGAGCGGCCCCAGAUCCUUGAACAAGUCUGUGUUGUUUCAACAUGAAGUGCCCACACUCGGCAUCGCAGCCUGGGGGCUAGGUUUUUGGUCGCCCCAAGUGAUUCUCAUUGAUUUGAAGGCGACGUGCAACAAGACCAGUUCCAUCCUUCGCGAGAGGCUCUUCGCCCGGCUCAGCCCAUACUUCCGUGUCAGAGCCCAAAGGUAUUGGACCUCCGCAGAAUAUGCCUUGCGCUCCAAGCCAUCCUGGCAGUGUAUCGACUGCGAGGAGGGCAAGUGCGAGCUGGGCCCCGAGUUGGCCCAGCACCUACGGACGCUGCGGGAGG